AUGACGACUGUGCUGCAGACCAUCACUCGGUCUAUGCCAUGGUUUCUCCACGAUUUGGCUCGUUCGCUCCUUGGUGUGCAUUGCUAUGAAACGCUAGUAUGGAAUGCCAACUUGGCCGAUGUACCUUGUCUCCGCCUGGGACUAUCCAAGGGACUCGGUCUGGGUAUUGUGGUAUUCGGUAGUAUCAUCAAAUUUCCUCAAAUUUACAAGAUUGUAAGCACAAGAAGUGCGGAGGGUAUCAGCUUGACUAUGUACAUUCUCGAGGUGGUCGCCUACACGAUUAGUCUCGUGUAUGCUAUCCGACUGCGUAUUCCAUUCAGCACAUACGGCGAAAAUGCUAGCUUAACAGUCCAAAAUAUGGUGAUCACGCUGCUGAUCAUUGCGUUUUCACCCAUGGAUGGCGUGUCGCGGCUCGUCACACGCGCCUGUCGACAGCGGGGUAUUUUCACAAAUACAUUUUAUGUUGCGCUUGGAGCUGUGCUCAUGGUACUCGGCACACUUGCACUGAUCAGCGAGAAAACGGUGCCGCCUCACUUGCUACAACUCCUGCAGGGUCUGACCAUUCCAGUGUCGCUCGCGUCCAAGGUGCCUCAAAUGCUGGAAUUGCAUCGCUCUAAGGCAACAGGUGAGCUGAGUAUCAUCGUGGUAUUUGCGCAGCUCAUGGGCACGAUCGCUCGUGUUUUUACGACCCUCACUGAGACCAAUGACCCUCUGUUGUUUUGGGGUUUCGCUCUGGCCACGAUUUUUAAUGCCGUCAUUGCCAUUCAAGUGAUAAUGUACUGGAAUGGAAACGAGCAGAGGCGUGGCAAGAACGCAUCAUGGAGCAAUUCUCGGUGGCAAAAUGUGACUGGCGCCCCUGUCACUCACCUCCCAUAUGCGACGCAGCGUGCCGGUGCCACGAAGACGGACUAG